UCUCUAUCCACCAAACGCGCACACAGUGCCUAAUUCUAGCGCUGUGUGCCCCAUGGGGGGGAAGCAGAGCUCAGCCUCCCGCUCUCGGGCUCCCUUCCCGGGGGUUUCCUCGGAUGACAGUGCCGUGCCCCCCUCCUCAAACUUUGGACAUUUUCGAGCCGGGGGCGCCAUGGGCCUGCGCAGCCGUUCUGUUAGCUCUGUCUCUGGCUUGGACCCCCCAGCCCCUGGCCUACCGUUUGGCUUAUACCGAGCCGGGCCUGACACCGAGAGAGGGGGCAGCUCAGGGAGCGAGGACUCACGGGGGGACCUUUACCUUGGGUCCCGGGCUUCUCUGGCGGACACGUUGCAAAUAGCACCGAGGUGGAUAGGGGCACACAGCGGUUUUCGUUGCCCAAUUUGUUCCAAGUCUGUGGCCCCUGAUGAGAUGGAGAUGCACUUUAUCAUGUGUCUGAGCAAACCUCGACUGUCCUAUAAUGAUGAUGUGCUCACUAGGGAUGCGGGUGAGUGUGUAAUCUGCCUGGAAGAACUUUCACAAGGGGAUACAAUAGCCAGACUGCCCUGUCUGUGCAUCUACCACAAAAGCUGUAUAGAUUCCUGGUUUGAGGUGAACAGAUGUUGUCCUGAACAUCCUUCCGAUUGACCUGCAACAAUCCAGGCUAAAAUUCCCUUAAGAGCACGGAGUGUCAGCCGCUUUAGGAUCACAGAGACUGGAUUCUGCGUCCUGCCAGGGUUGUUUGAACUGCUUUUCACACAUGUCCCCUUUUUCCCUGCACUCCUUCUGUUUCCCUAAAAUGGAGAAAUGGGAAACCGCAACACUGAAAUAUAUCCCAUAAUUCUCUUAUAAAGGUGUUGGGGGAAAACAGAUUGGGGAGGGGGGAGAACCGUAAUGCUGUAGCCAGAAAUGGUAUGUUUUUAAGCAGCCCCAUCAACAUUGUUUGACGGCGGUGACAUGAGUUCAUAGGUGAAAUGGAUCUCUGCAGCUGUCAAGGGAUUUGAACGCAGAGGGUAAAAAGGGAAAUGUUUAACCUCUCUGUGUCCCUGGACAUAGGAUUUGUUGCAGUCUGAUGCCAUGAUAAAUGUGUGUAAUUUUUUUUUUUGUUCAUGGCACUUUGCACUGAACGUUUCUAUUUGUUUAUGACUGGGAGGAGACUGUGCAUAUGAGGGCCCUGUAGAGCAGGGCUUCUCAUACGGUAGGCUGCAAGUUAAUUGUGGGGUUACAAUUGAAGGAUGGCCAACAAUCCCUGUUUUAUGAGGUUUGGCUCUCUAAAAAAAAAAUUUGAAAUAUUCUUAUUGAACUGGCUUAUACCACAGAAGAAGCUGGACAACACUGCAUGCUCAAUGAUAGCAAGGUGAUGUGUCUCCUCCAGGGUUAUUUCCAGUGCUUCCCAAACAGGCGCCUGUUCAUGCUGAGGUGCUACCCUUAUAGUUAUUACAUUUAAUGAAUUAAGAUUUUGCACAUUUAAAUGACUGGGUAAACUGUGGACAAUGCAGAUUUGUGUGUGGUGUUUGGAAAGGUGGUGAAAUAGAAGAAGAAAAGGUAACCCCCACCAUCUCACUCAAGAAUUUAUUCUGUGACCAAGGUAACCCAUCCAGACCUUUCUUGCAGUUCCCAAUUAACAGAAGAGGGGAAACCAAAUGCGUUCUUUCCAGUACUGUCUUGCUAAGAGCAAGGGUAUUAAUGGUGAGCUCUGCUUGUUGAGCUGUUUAACUUUCUUUUCAUAUGACUGUUAGUAACAAUGCCAUGUUUUGUUAUUUUUUUUCUGCUAACUAUACAGCGUUGUCAGGGUGCAUUCCUAACAUAACUGGUUGCCAAUAACUAGCUCAUGCACGCUGUAGUGUAUCAGGAUGGCAGGCCCGUUUUAUUUCCAGCUUAUGUGAGUAAAGGAAAACCUUUAUUCUUAUGAAUGAGAACCAGUGGGAAAAAAUUGAGAGCAUUUCUCUACAUAUUUACGUGUUAAGGAUAAUCUCUUAUAGCCCCUAGAUGUGAAGGAAGACUUAAAGAUCGCUCCAAGGUCUGUCCUGCUUUCUCGUUUUCAGUCUGUAUUUACUUCCCCCAUAUGCUGGAGGAAAUAAAUCUCUUGAUGUGGUCACAUGCUGACAUACAAUACACAGCAGCUUGAUGGCAGUUGUGCAUGUUAUAUUUAGGUCGAUCCUUUGCCAGCAAGACCAUUGGUUGUUUAGGAAUAACCUUAAACUUGGCAAGUCUGAUAGUUACAGCAAGCAAAGAUGAGAGCAAUAUAUUGUAGGCUUGAAGGGUUCUUAUGGGCAUGGGAAUGGCAUUUAUUUUGUGAAUCAGCACUUUUAAUCAGAACCAUUUAUUUAGUAAUUUAUUACCCUAAAUUGUGCCAAAUAUUUCAAAUGAGUUGAGUGAGACAAAAGUGUAAUAUUCAACUUUCCCGAAAUGCACUUCACUGCAAUCUGCAUCAUUGCUUUCAGGCCUAAACUUUUAUAUGGGCAUUACCCCCUACAGUGCCAGGAAGUGGGGUUACCUUAUUGUGCUUUUUCUACAAUGUUUCCUCAGAAUCAUCAAUUAUACUCAUUUCAAAAUUGGUGACCCCGAGAUAAUGCAGGUUGGAAUUUAGUUGUGCUUCCUGCAACAAGAUCCUGUGGUACCUUGACCUUAACAUUUAAGGAUGUUCUCCAUUUUAAAUCUUGUUUUGUACGCUGUAACUUCAUUAAUAUAUUUUAUAAACAUUAGGCCUUGCUGCUCAAGAGGCUAUGGAGUGUUGCAUCUGUGCAGCUCCACCUAGUGGUGACUUCAAGUAGCGCCAGUGAUUUCUCCAGGAACUGUUCAGUAAUUAAUAGUUAGCAUUUCUUUGCACCCUUAAAUCUCUCUGAAGCUAGAGGGUAUCCUGCACUGCAUUUUCAGUCCUAAUUGCACCAUUUGGUAGAAAAGCCCCAGUAUUUGAUCUGGAUAGCUUGUGCAAUGGGGAGUCAGGUUGGCCAAAUGUUACUUUUCUUUUUUUAUUUCCUAUUUUAUAAGUGGGGAGGGGAGUAAGAUGAAAACUGUGUUGUAUAUCUGUUGUUAUAAAAUAAAGGAAUGAAUCUUUAGAGAUUCUGGACUGUGAAAAAAACGAUUAAAGCUGAAAUGCAAUGUA